CUUCAUUUCACUUGAACAUUAUGUGAGGUUAAAGGGAAAACAGCGUUAAUGAGGGGCGCAGAAGAUACAGGCGAAAGGCAGCAAUUUUCAGUGCAUCGCUGUAUGGACUGUACUCGAGUCGCUGCUUUAGUGUUCGUUUAUUAGAAGUGCAAACUAAGUUAUUGUCAGAGCAGUAAGUCAGUAAUUAUAAACAUUUUCAUAAAAUUAGAAAUUUCCAAAUUUCUUCAAGACAGAACCAGAGAGAGAAGAAAAGACAAACACUGCAUUAGUUCGUCGAAGGGUAUUUCCAGUGCCUUACACAAUUGCAAAACCAGUUCUUUAACAAGACUCGCAGAACUUAUAACAACUGGGGCUUUGUACUACUUCUUGUGAGAUCACAACUUUAAGUUGUAGUUUAUUUUUUAUUCAAACAUUCCACUAAUUUAGCUACAAAACUGUAUAUUAUUUACUGAUAACCGUCCUACCAUAUUUCAAGUACAAACCAACAUGCCAGGACUAGGAAAAGAAGUGAAUGAACCGAAGCCUCGUGUGGGAAGAACUCGGCAACAGAGCUUAAGUGAAAUGUCUUCGUCAUUUAUUCACGAAAGUUUCACUAGCAGUGUAGACUUCCCCACUUACAUCCCAUGGCAGACUCUAUCUUCCGAUUUAUCAGAGAAACUUAAACAUGGUUCUAUUCGAAUAAACCGCAGUAAUAGGGUUGAAUACACCACUAUCCACGAAGAAGGAGAAAGGGUUCCACUGCUUGAUGAUCAAGAUAGCAUCAGUUCAGUUAAAACUGAAGCUGUUCAUGGAGGGGCAAGCUGGGGUGUAGCAACUUUUUUAUUGGUAAACACGGCUCUUGGUGCAGGGGUACUUAACUAUCCAGCAGCGUACAACAGAGCAGGUGGUGUUUAUGUUGCUGCUGGCAUACAGGUUGUGAUACUGCUAUUGCUAGGGGCAACAAUGUUAGUCUUAGCUCGCUGUUCUGAUCUCAACCUUGACAACACCUAUCAUGAUGUACUUUUGUCGAUGUGUGGAAAGCGGGCUCAGCAACUCUCAGCUUUGUCUAUUCUGUUUUCCUGUUACGGUAUUUGCAUAACUUUCCUGGUCAUUGUUGGAGACCAGUAUGACAGACUCUUUGCGUCAAUUUUCGGAAAUACUUUCUGCCACACGUGGUACCUCAACCGGGAUUUUACGAUUUUAAUUACAGCAGUGAUCUGCAUUCUUCCGAUGUCAUACUUCCAGAGGCUGGACUUCCUUAGAUACGCUAGUACAUUGGGACUUUUUGCUAUGCUUUAUCCUGUAUUCCUUACUGUGUAUGAAUACUACAUGUUAGAUGUUGUUCCAGGUCGGAUCAAAAUAGCUCCUGAAACUGCAGUGGACGUGUUCACCGUAAUUCCAGUAUUCAGUUUCGCGUAUCAGACACAUGAAAUCGUUGUUCCGGUAUACAGCUGCAUGAGGAAUCGAAAUUUACGGGAAUUCACCAAAGCAACGUGUUUAUCCAUGAUCAUUCUUUUUUUCAUCUACUGUAUGGCCGGUUCCUUUGGUUAUUUAACCUUCGGAACCAGAGUACCACCAGACAUUAUGCAAGGAUAUGGAGGCAAAGAUCCUGUUGUUCUCAUUUGCAUCGGAGCUCUGGUGAUCAAAAUGGUUACCACAUAUCCUCAGAUUCUUCUUUGUGGAAGGUGA